AUGAAGUACUCGGUCCUCCUCGCCGCCGUCGCGGCUCUUCCGCUAGCCGUCAAGGCCUUGCCGACUCCGUCCGAGGUUCCCACCGCCACCGCCUCGGCCCUGCAGCCAGUGGACACGCCGGCGAACAUGGAACAGGCUGCGCAGGAGGUGGCUCCUUGCCCUGAGGAAGCCGGUGUUCCUCAGGACGCGGCCGAGAAUAUGGCCGAGAAGACGGCCCAUGAUGUCCAAGGCGACUAG